AUGCCUCCCCCAAUCACAGAUUUAAUAGGCAGCUCUUGGCAGCCAUUUUACAUCGCAGAGUCCUAUACUGCAGAUCUCACGCUACCUAUGCAACCCGCCCCCGACGAUAUAGUUGAUCAAGUGGACUCUGUGUGGAACCCUAGCGAUAGAGUACCUGAAAAAUUAUCGUUAACCUCGUCGUGUCAAUUACCAUUGGCGCCAAAAUUAGCGCUCACUAUGCCACGGACAAGGCAGUCAAGGCCCCUCUCCGAUAUCAUCAGCUCACGACUUCAAUUUGCGAUUGAUGUUCUAAAACGAACACCCAGCAUGAUGGUCCUUGAAAAUCGAACGCCAUGGUGCCAUCCGCAACUCUAUAAGAAUUACAUGCCGAAAGCUAUGCAAGAUGCCUACGCAUGUUGUUCGCUUUAUAUGUCAAAGAAUGAGAUCAAUGCACCCGUAAUAAUGUCUCUUUUGGACGCUCGUACCCAGGAGCUUCUUUUAUCUCCACAACCUACACAUUUUCUCGAUCUUCUUGCUCGAACUCAUGCCUUAAUUCUUUUUCAGAUAAUGCGCUUGUUCGAUGGCGAUAUUCGCUCUCAUACUACAGCGAAUGCUCUACUUGGCACGCUUGAAUCCACUGUUAUGGCUCUUUUCGAUUUUACCCAUCUUCCCAACAUAUCCGAAUCUUAUAACCUCUUGCCUAUGGACCCAAUAUUCGAAUUCUGGGAAUCUUGGGUUGUGCAAGAGUCUGCACGGCGUACCAUUCUUUUGGCGUUUUACUUUAUUCAAAUAUGCAAAGUUCUACACGGCAAUGUACCCAUGCAGUGUGAUGGCAGGCUUGGGCUAGCUCAUGCCUGGUAUUUAUCGUCACAUCUGUGGGAUGCUCAAAGCGCAUUUGAUUUUGCAAUAGCUUGGGCUGAGAAGCAACAUUUCGUUGUGCAUGACCUUGACUUUUCGUUUGCACUGGAGAAUGCAAACCCUGAUGAUAUGGAUCUCUUUGGAAAAAUGUUGUUAGUUACUAUUUUAGGAAUUGAUGAGGCAAAGGCAUGGUUUUGCCUGAGAGGAGCAGUCAUGUAA